AUGGCGGAGGAGAACGGGAUAUGUCAUGUGAACGGCGAGCCGGAAGUGGUAGAUGACGAUUUGCAGAACGGUGAACCUGAUGAAGACGACAAAGGUUACGACAUAUAAAAUAGCUAAUAAUUUUAGGAAGAGGAGAAUUCUUUUAAUGUGUCGGUUUAUGUUCUGGAUCAAAUAUUUAGUUUGAUUGAACACUUUCAGUUUCGGUUUAAAAUGAAAAGUUAGUUUACUCAGAACAUCUUUUCUCGUUGAUUUAGCAUGCAAGGCUGGGGUUGUGAAAAUUCGUGCUUCAUUUACAUUCAUUGGAUAGAAAUUUUCAUCUAGACUUUUGUGCUAUCAAAAAUACAAAACUCAGAAUUUCACAAUGAUGUCGGGUCAACUCUACCAUGUCUCGUUCGCCCUAGUAGUGACCAAGUUAUAAAACGAUAGGUGAAGGAAAGUAAACGCACAAGGCUAGAGGUCCAUCUGGCCAGAGUCAUUCUGGUUUCCCUAACUUGAUGCAACCAGGAGCUCUUUGAUUUAGGGGUGAUAUUCUAAAGAGAAAUUAGAUGCCAGCACUCUUAGGGAUAUCAAACGGUUAAGGCCACUAUACGAUUCUUAUGACAGAAGCUAUGGGACUUCUAUAUCACACAGGGGCCAUUAGACUCUGCAAAAGUGGGUGACUAUAAAAAGUUUGUUAAGGUAAUUAUUUUGACCAGAGUAACCAGCUACAUGCUAUCAAGUGGCCAGGGUAACUUGGGUAGUCACCUGCUUGUUUUGAAACCUCUGAAUUGACAGAUCUCCUUUAAAUCUCUCUGCCACUCUGCUUUGAUCCUUUGAAAGAAGGGACCUUUAGCUUAUCAAUUAACAGAUAUUUAAUGCAAUUUUUACUCUUAACUUUUUUUCCUUCAGAGUACGAAGCCCUUGAUUUGGAGCUGGAUCAAAUUAAUUCUUGUCUUGACAAGUUGGAGAACUGGAAUGAUUCCCUUCGGAGUAGAAUGAAAGAUAUGCUUGAAACUAUGCAGAAAACAAGAAUAGAGAGAGAAAUACAAACCAACCAGGAUGAUGGGCACAAUGGCACGCAGCCCUGA